GUUUUCACUCCGAGUUGUAUUUUUUGGGCAAAAGAAAAAAUUUUGAAUGAUUUACUGUUCUUUUAUGAUUGGCAGAAUGUGCAAAGUCUAUCCUUAUCUCGUACUACGUUUAGAGGCUCAGAUAUCAUCGUGACUUGAUUGUUAACUUUGCCUGAAUUGACAGACCACAUUACACCAUGGGAUGGACAAUUAGUGACAUUCUGUACAAUGUCGGGCUGCCUCUAAGUGUCGUUUAUAUCCUUUAUGCCUUGUUGUCUCCGCGGCGGAGGAAAAUGUCACUUCAGGAUAAGGUGGUUCUAAUUACUGGGGCCAGUUCAGGACUUGGAAGAGCUUGUGCUCAUGCCUUUUAUGCUGCUGGAUGUAAAGUUAUACUUAGUGCUCGAAAUGUAGAUGCAUUGGACAAAGUUAAACAGGACAUCAUGAACUCAACUGAGGCAGGAAAGGCCAUUCAGAAAUAUACUCCCAAAGUAUUAAAACUGGAUCUAUCUGACAUAGCGCACAUUCCUAAAUUUGCUCGUCAAGCUUUGAACUUUUAUGAUCGUGUAGAUAUUUUAGUGAAUAAUGCUGGUAUAAGCUACAGAGGGGAGGCUCAAAGUACAACUACUGACGUUGACCUUCAGUUACUUACUGUGAAUUAUCUAGGACAGGUGGCUUUAACUAAAGCCUUGUUGCCGAGCAUGAGACAGCAAGGUGAAGGGAGCAUUGUGGCAGUUAGUAGUGUACAAGGGAGGAUUGCAAUACCAUACAGAUCUGCUUAUGCAGCAUCCAAGCAUGCCACCCAGGCCUUCUUUGACAGUCUCAGGGCAGAGGUAGCCUCAAAGAACAUCAAUGUAUUAGUAGUUAGCCCAGGUUAUAUAAAGACAAAUCUUUCUCUAAAUGCAGUCACGGCAGAUGGAACUUCAUAUGGAGCGAUGGACGCCACAACAGCCAAUGGAAUGGAACCCGAGUAUGUUGCGAAACGAAUCAUUGAUGGAACAUCCCGAGGUUUAGAGGAAAUAACGCUAUGUCCUAUGAUGCAUAAACUUGCAAUAAUCCUACGUGCCAUCCUACCAACUGUUUAUUUUUCCAUCAUGCGGAAAAGAGCUGAAAAGGGACAAUAAUGCAGCAAUAGUAGCCUAUAAAGAUAGCAGGAAAAAAGCAGUAUUAAUAAUUCAAUUUCUUUGGGGCAUACAUAAGAGCAAAGGGACAUUUAUGCAUUUAGAGGGACUAUUGACAGAUGUGAUGUCACAAAUAUAAGAGCCUAGAUAGACAGAGAAGAGCCAAAGGGACAGUUAUGUUGUAAAGGAGGAGGAGGAUCCCUCCACCCAUAAAAAUGAAUUGUUCAUAUUUAUAUCAUUAUCUACAUUGUUUUUUUUGAUUAAGUAAUGAAAUAUAUAUUUGUAC